CCCGCGGCUCGCCGUCCGCGCAGCCAUGGCGGCCGCCGCUCUCGUGGCGUGGCUGGCCUUGCAGCCGGGAGCCAGGACCCUGCGUGCGUUCUCCACCACCGUGUCCGCGGCCACUCGUAGCCCGCAAAGAACAUCCAAAACUGAAAGGCAGUCGAAAAGAAAGGCACUACCUCCUAGGACAGAAAAAAUGGCUGUUGACCAGGACUGGCCUAGCGUUUACCCUGCCGCAGCGCCAUUUAAACCUUCUGCAGUCCCUCUUCCUGUUAGAAUGGGUUAUCCAGUAAAACAGGGUGUGCCCAUGGCAAAGGAGGGAAACCUAGAACUCUUAAAGAUCCCCAAUUUUCUGCAUUUGACUCCUGUAGCAAUUAAAAGGCACUGUGAAGCUCUUAAAGAUUUUUGCACUGAGUGGCCAGCUGCACUAGACAGUGAUGAGAAAUGUGAAAAGCAUUUUCCAAUUGAAAUUGACACUGCUGACUAUGUUUCAUCAGGAACAUCUAUUCGAAACCCCAAAGCACGAGUAGUAACCUUAAGGGUUAAACUUUCCAGUUUGAAUUUAGAUGACCAUGCAAAGAAGAAACUUAUUAAACUUGUAGGAGAGCGAUACUGCAAGACCACAGAUGUGCUUACCAUCAAAACAGAUAGGUGCCCUUUAAGGAGACAGAAUUAUGAUUAUGCAAUGUAUCUACUAACAGUUUUAUACCACGAGUCUUGGAAAACCGAAGAAUGGGAAAAAUAUAAGACUGAAGCAGACAUGGAAGAGUAUGUAUGGAAAAAUAGCUCCUCAGAAAAAAAUGUCUUGGAAACACUUCUCCAGAUUAAAGCUGCCGAGAAAAAUCUGGAUGUAAAUAAAGAAGAACUCCUUGGUACUAAAGAAGUUGAAGAUUACAAAAAUUGUGUUGUUACUCUGAAGAAUGAAGGGGAAAAUGAAAAUACCCUUUCUCAGUACAAAGAAUCAGUGAAGAGACUAUUAAAUUUGACAUGAAUUACAAAGUAGAAAACUCUGCUUUAUUUGCUAAUUUGAUGAUAUAUGUAAUCAAUAUCUAAUUGGAUAUAAAAUUGAAAAUGUUAAAAAAAUCAUAUCAGAGUUAAGAUUAAUUCCUUUCAUACUGCUCACUGGCAGUAAUUAUUCCAAAGUUUUCUUAUUUGUACACUGGCACAGUUAGACUAAUUAGAUCUCUGAUUUCUUCUGAUGGUAAAGUAUUUUGAUUUUAUUUCUACACAAUAACUUUAGUAUGCAUAUAUACAUAUACUUAAUUGUUACUUUGUCACCUGCCACAUUUCUUUCCCCAAGCUGGCAUUCAGUGGCUGCUUUCGAGUAAUGAUUUUGGUUAUUUGGGAAGGUAGGCUCAGGACCCAGUGCCCUGACUUACAGGUCAGUACCGGUUCACAUGGCUGCCGUCUAGCUGAUCCGUUUUUCACAGUUGCCAAUUCUGGUCAGAAACAGGUCCUCAGGAGUAUUUUCUAACUGGAAAUGUUUGUUCCAUCCCUCCCUUUUGCGGGCACUUUAUGUUGAUUCAACUCUGUCGAGCAUUCUACUUUCUACAUUGUGAGGCUCAUUUUGCCAGGCCCAAGCUUGCAGAAAAGUAGAAGUGGAGAUGAGCUGGUUUUCAUCCCUUUGGAUGCCCCAGUUAGAGCUGCCACAGCUCAGAAAGAAGUGACAUAUAGGACCUUGAAUUUAAUUGGACUAAAUGACAAAAUAAGAACUACCCUAAGAUAUAGUCCGUUGAAUUUCGCUGUCAGUUCAGUAUUAAGUAUACCUGUAAGCUUUUUCUUACCACUUCCAUAGUUGUUGACAAGUGAUUAAUUUAAAAUCAAAAUAAAGGAAUUAUUGAGAGUU